UAAUCCAAUGGGUCCCACGUACAAAGCACCUUCUUCUUUCUCUUCCUAUAAAUAUAACUCGCCGGCCGGAAAAUCGCUCGCGAGCGAUUGCGGCGAGGCUUUCGUCUUUUCGUAGGAGGAUUGGAGAGGUUGCUUACGGCCGGCCAUGGAUCCCUACAAGCAUCGGCCCUCGAGCGCGUACAAUUCGCUGUUCUGGACGACCAACUCCGGUGCUCCUGUUUGGAAUAAUAACUCCUCGCUUACUGUGGGCUCUCGAGGACCAAUUCUCCUGGAGGAUUACCAUCUUGUUGAAAAGCUUGCUCAGUUUGAUAGGGAGCGCAUUCCUGAGCGUGUUGUUCAUGCGAGGGGAGCCAGUGCUAAGGGUUUCUUUGAAGUUACACACGAUGUUUCUCACCUUUCCUGUGCUGAUUUCCUUCGGUCACCGGGGGUCCAAACUCCUGUUAUUGUUCGUUUUUCAACUGUCAUUCAUGAACGAGGGAGUCCUGAAACCUUGAGAGAUCCACGAGGUUUUGCAGUAAAGUUUUAUACAAGAGAGGGCAACUUUGAUCUUGUGGGAAAUAACUUCCCUGUUUUCUUUGUUAGAGAUGGUAUGAAGUUCCCUGAUAUGGUGCAUGCUCUCAAACCAAACCCAAAGUCCCACAUCCAGGAGAACUGGAGAAUCCUCGACUUCUUCUCACACCAUCCUGAGAGUUUGAACAUGUUCACCUUCCUGUUCGACGAUGUCGGUAUUCCGCAGGACUACAGGCACAUGGAUGGUUCAGGUGUCAAUACUUACACUCUCAUUAGCAAAGAAGGGAAGGCACAUUAUGUCAAAUUCCACUGGAGACCCACUUGUGGUGUGAAGUCCUUAUUGGAUGAUGAGGCUGUGAUUGUUGGAGGCAAAAACCAUAGUCAUGCAACCAAGGAUCUUUACGAUAGCAUCACUGCCGGCAAUUUUCCAGAAUGGAAACUCUACAUUCAGACUAUUGACCCAGAUCAUGAAGAUAGGUUUGAUUUUGAUCCGCUUGAUGUCACCAAAACAUGGCCAGAAGAUAUCUUACCUCUUCAGCCUGUGGGGCGCUUAGUCCUGAACAAGAACAUUGACAAUUUCUUCGCCGAGAAUGAGCAACUUGCAUUUUGUCCAGCAAUUAUUGUUCCUGGAAUUCAUUAUUCAGACGAUAAGCUAUUGCAAACUAGAAUUUUCUCCUAUGCCGACACCCAAAGGCACCGCCUGGGGCCAAACUAUCUUAUGCUUCCUGCAAAUGCUCCGAAAUGUGCUCAUCAUAACAAUCAUCAUGAGGGUUUCAUGAAUUUCUUGCACAGGGACGAAGAGGUCAAUUAUUUCCCAUCUAGGUAUGAUCCUUCUCGGCAUGCUGAGAGUUUCCCAAUACCGCCAACUGUUCUUAAUGGAAGACGUGAAAAGACUAUUAUUCCAAAGGAGAACAAUUUCAAGCAGCCUGGAGAGAGAUACAGGUCAUGGGAUUCUGACAGGCAAGAGCGUUUUGUGCACCGUUGGGUCGAUGCACUAUCUGAUCCUCGGGUUACCCACGAAAUCCGCAGCAUCUGGCUCUCAUAUUGGUCUCAG